AUGGAGUACAUUUCUAUUGACUCGCGAAAGAAGGAGGCUCCAACCCGUGACAAGGUAGAGCCGACUGUUCCAACCCAACUUCCUCCAGCCGAAGAAAUCAAGGUUCAUCCAUUCAACGCAGGCGAGGAGAAUGCAUCAAUUUUCUUUGUGGGAACCGCUACAACAAUUAUCGAAUGGGCCGGUAUCCGGUUGAUGACUGAUCCCAAUUUUCUCCAUGCGGGCGAGCAUGUGCAUCUCGGACCGGGUGUGACGAGUAGUCGCCUAACAGAUCCAGCCGUUGAUCUUCACGAUCUUCCUCCAAUUGAUCUGAUACUUCUCUCCCACUACCAUGAGGACCACUUUGAUAAAAAGGUUGAGGCCUCAUUGAGGCGAGAUCUCCCCAUUAUCACCACGCCACAUGCGAAAACGCACCUCGAAUCGAAGAAUGAGGAUGCUUUUACAUCUGUGUCAGCGAUCGACCACUUUGAGCAGAUUGGAGUCAGUAUUGAGGGUGGGGAAGGCUCAAAACAACCUCAACUACGUGUGACUGGGAUGCCGGGCAAACAUGUGCCUCCCAAUGGAAAUAUCGAGAGAUUGAACGAAAUAGCUCAUAUCAUCCCUCCAACCAAUGGUUGGAUGCUCGAACUAGGUUACGGCGAGCCGAAUAUGCUAGACUUUACUUGCGGUUAUCGUAUCUACAUUUCAGGGGAUACACUGAUGGUAGAUGAACUCAAAGAGAUCCCUAAACGAUACGCAGGACAGAAGAUUGACUUGAUGCUCGCCCACCUUGGUGGCACAACCAUUCCCUCACCAUUAGUGGGGAAACUUAUCAAGCCACUAGCAUUGAUGGUCACUAUGGAUGCGGAACAAGGUCUGCAGUUAAUCCAGCUUAUACAACCCGACCUGACGAUUCCGAUCCACUACGAUGACUAUGAUGUGUUUGCCAGUUCGCUGGAUGACUUUCGUCGCGUUGUCGAGGCCGCGGGUCUAAAGGAUAAGGUAGUAUUUCUAAAUCGCAAGGACCAGUAUCGCUUUCAGGUCAGGGAGUAG